AUGCCCGCAAAGGUUCCAUGUACAAAUUGUGUUGCCUUUUCUAUUGAAUGCCGGAUUCCCGUGCCCAAGCGGAAAAGGGCCAACGCCGCCCGUGCCAAAGAUGAGGAGAGUGAGGCCGGCGACUCGCAACAGGCGGCGACACCUUCCGAGCCUCGCCCCGCGCGGCCAGCACAACCAAAGCCGACUGUUGGAUUCAAUUCACCCGAUGGCAUUCCCUCGACACAGAUGUCAGAGGCGCAGGCCGCCCAACAAGCUGCCAACAACAGCACCAUGGCACAGUUCAUGAAGCCCAAAUUCGCUCGAGCCCCGAUUAAAGAAGCUGGGCGAGUAGCAUAUCUUGGAGAGUCAUCAAACCUGUCACUCCUUGUCCAUGACCGCCAUGGCACCACAGAUGUUGUUCACUAUCCCUUACCGGAGAACAUUAGAGGCGCCCGCGCUCGCCUAACAGAGCCUGACCAGAUGGAAAUAGAGAUCCUUCAGCAGAGGGGUGCAUUCCUUCUCCCACCCCGUGCACUGUGUGACGAGCUGGUGGAUGCUUACUUUCGAUGGGUUGCUCCUAUCGUGCCAGUCAUCAAUCGAAGCCGCUUCAUGAAGAGAUAUAAGGAUACCAAGAACCCGCCAUCGUUGUUGCUGCUGCAGGCUAUCUUGCUGGCUGGUUCCAGAGUCUGCACCAACCCGCAACUGAUGGACGCAACCGGCUCGACCACGCCGGCUGCAAUGACUUUCUACAAACGGGCAAAAGCUCUAUACGAUGCGAAUUAUGAGGAUGAUCGCAUUACCAUUGUCCAGGCUUUGAUUCUGAUGGGCUGGUACUGGGAGGGCCCCGAAGGUAAGGCAUCAGCGGCCACCGAAUUUACCGACAACCCUCGAUCUAACAUUGCGGCAGAUGUGACAAAGAAUGUCUUUUACUGGACUAGGGUCGCCAUUGUGGUUGCUCAGGGAGCGGGAAUGCAUCGAAGUGUGGAAAGUUCUCAACUGAGCAGACAAGAUAAGCGUUUGUGGAAGAGAGUAUGGUGGUCGCUCUUUACUAGAGAUCGAUCAGUAGCCGUGGCUUUAGGCCGACCUGUUUCGAUCAACACGGACGAUUCCGACGUGGAGAUGAUCACCGAGGAGGAUUUUAUCGAAGAUGAGGGCGAUCCGAACAAUGACUAUCAGGCCGACCCGGUGCACAUUCAGUUCUUCUUGCAAUAUGUCAAGCUCUGCGAGAUCAUGGGACUCGUGUUGUCUCAGCAAUAUUCGGUCGCCUCAAAAGCUCGGCGGACUAAUGCGAUCGACCUGACUCACAGCGAUAUGGCUCUUGCAGACUGGCUACAAAACUGCCCUCGUGAAGUAUAUUGGGAACGCUCACGCCAUCAUUUCUGGUCUGCGCUUCUGCACUCCAACUACUAUACCACUCUGUGCUUGCUGCACCGAGCCCAUAUGCCGCCAGCCACUGCAAAACCCCAUGACUAUGAAAAUGUCGACAUGGCUUAUCCUUCGAGGACAAUUGCUUUCCAGGCUGCUGGAAUGAUCACUUCAAUCAUGGAAAACCUUCUUGCUCACGACCAAGUCAAAUACACGCCUGCUUUCAUUGUGUACAGUCUGUUCUCUGCGCUCAUUAUGCACGUCUACCAAAUGCGAUCUUCAGUGCCGUCAGUGGUCGCUGCAAGUCAGGAGCGCAUCAAUGUGUGCAUGAACGCCUUAAAAGAGGUGUCGAAGGUCUGGCUAGUUGCCAAAAUGGUUCACACCUUGUUUGAGUCCAUUCUCGGUAACAAAGUGCUGGAGGAGAGGCUCCAAAAGGCCACCGGGAAGAAGGCUCAAAGAGCCAAAGUCAACCAACGGGAUCAAGGUCAAAACCACGCCAACGGCAAUUCGAAUGGCAUCGGAAGUGCCACCCCUGCACCCGCACCGCCGCCGGCGCCGCCGGCAAAUCCAGCCAAACGCAAGUUCGACGAUAUCGACCUCGCCUUCAACGUUGGACCGCCUGCCCCUCAAAUGUCCUACGAGCGUUCGCGGCCUCAAACCCCUGCCGUCACGCCUUCUCGCGACAUACCACAACAACCGCAGCACAACUUCUUGGCCUCGCCGCCGCUGCAAAAUGAACAGUACUUACCUCCAUCCAGGUCUCGAGGGGCGUCACGCUUGCCGUCAAGAGGCCCUACGCGGGCCAACUCUCCGUUCAACGGGUAUUCGAUCCCUGCCACACCGCCGGAUCUGUUCCUAGUCACCAGAGACUCUCCAAACAUCUCGCAACAGCUGUGGGAGAAUUUCCAGCCAGAUCAGCUAUUUCCUGACGGCACAAUCGGGGAUGUGAUUGGUCUGAGCACAAGCCCCAUUCUCAACCAUGCGGUGGAUCCUCAACUACAGCAACUACAGGGACAACAGACCGGGAUGAGCACAGGCGGACAGUCUAUGCCUCCUAUAGAUAUAUCAGGGCAGGGACAGCAGCAGACUCAAGUAUGGCCUCCGGGCAUGCAAGGAAUGAUGGGUGCAGGUAUGGAGUUGCAUGACAGUGACGGGUGGUCGACUAGUUCACUCGGAAAUGCGCCGGUCGCCCCUACAACGCUCAACGUUGAAGACUGGUUCCAGUUUUUUGGGAUCAAUGGUGAAGUGGCAGGCAUGAACAUGGACGGAACCUAG